AUGGAUCCCCUCAGCGCCUUCUCUCUGGCUUCUGGCGUUGCACAGCUCAUCUCGUUCACCGGCGAACUCGUGGCUGUGGGCAACGCCAUCUACCACAGCACGGAUGGUGUCCUUCAGAACCGAGAAUUGGAAGAUGUGACCCGGGAUUUACAAGACCUCGCCCACGAGGUAACAAGAGAGCAAGCCAAACUUCUUGCUGGGCAGCAACUGAAGUCUGAAGAGUGGCGGCUUCGUGCUAUCUGUGACAAUUGCACGAGCAUUGCUCAAGAGCUGACUCAAAAGCUGGAGAAGCUAAAGGUGCAGGGAAAGCAUCGGCGUUUCAAGAGCCACCGUCUGGCGUUAAUGUCAGUAUGGCAGAAGGAUGAAGCCGAGAAGAUUGCAGAACGUCUGGAGAAGUACCAGCGCGAACUUGAUUCUCGCAUCUUGGUCGGCUUGCGAAAGCGCCUCGAGCAUAUAGAUCUCAAAAGUAACGAUCGUUUCGAUGCCCUUGACAAGCGUACUCAGGACAUCAUUCUUGCCGUCACUGGACAGAGUGAUGUAGUGGAUGCGCACCUCACAGACCAGGAUCAGAUGCUGGCGAAGUUACUCACUGGCCAGCAUGACCUACUGAAGAUAGUGGCAGAUGGGGCGAGGAGUUCUAGUCCAGCGCCGCCCUAUGAGGCUUCGAUCCCUCAAAGAAAGUCGACUCCACUCCAUGAGGCUGUUUUGUCUGGGGACUUGACCAGAGUGAGACAAAUCUUCCGCGCCGAUACUGUUGACAUCAAUGCAAAAGACGAACAUGGUUGCUCGGCGCUUCACUUGGCUGGAACUCCUGAAAUCGCCAGGAAGAUCUUGAUUGACCGGCGAACAGACCCUCACGCUGAGGACAACGACGGUCGAACGGCCUUGCAUUAUGCUGUUUUGAAGCAACUCCCAGACGUGGUCAAAGUGCUUGUCGAUGCUGCCAUUGAUGCCAAUCUCGAAGAUGACGAUCAAAGGACGGCUCUCUUCUACGCCUCUGAAUGCCCUGCUGCAAUGUGGCUGCUCAAGUAUGGAACAGCGACUGAAGCUCGUGCAGCGGAUCAGACUGAUACACAUGGCUUGGCUUGGCAAUCUUCAGGGCACUACGGGGCCGAUAUCAAUACGAGAAACAAGCAUCGUGAGACUGCUUUGUCUGAAGCUUCUCGACACGGCGAUGUGGAUGUGGUUGCGCUGUUACUUAACCACGAUGUCGACCUCGAGCUUGCUGCGUCUGAUGAGUGGACUCCCCUCCUUCAAGCAGUCAGAGACAACAGGGUCGAGGUGGUACCUACGUUGCUAAGACACGGCGCCAAGCGCGACGCACGGUUGAAGAACGGAAACGAUGUUCUGGCUGAGGCUUGCGCGCGUGGUCACUUUGAUAUUGCGCAACUCUUGGUUGAAGCAGGGUGCGACAUCAACCGCACCGACAAUGAGCAGCUGACGCCGUUACUCGGGGCAGCAUAUCGUGGUAGCGUCAAAUUCACCCGCUUCCUCCUUUCACGAGGCCCGAACACGGAGGUAAAGGACAAAUGGGGCUGUACACCUGUCCAUAAGGCGGCGGAAGGCGGCCAUAAGAAGACUCUCAAAGUCCUGUUAGAGGCUGGCGCAAGCACCUUUACAAGACCCAACGAUGGCUUUACGCCCCUGUCGAUUGCUGCCAACAAGGGGCAUAUGGAAUGUGUCGAGCGGUUACUUGACGCUGGCGCGGACCUCAAUACACAAGGUCAUCUCGAUCAUACGGCUCUCGCUGAAGCUGCUCACCACGGACACGUUGGCAUAGCUCAACUCCUCAUAUCCAGGGGAGCAGACUUCGAGAUCACCCAACAUCAAGGCUUCACUCCACUGUGUGUGGCAGCGCAUAUGGGCAGAAAUGACAUUGUUCAAAUGCUCGUAGAAUUCGGUGCGAACAGAGAAGCUGCAGGCCACGCACAUCGCAACCCUGACUGGAAGAACACGCCACUCCAACGUGCUGCAUGGUUCAACCAUCCGAGUACCAUAGCCUUACUCGUUGGUCUCGGGAGCGACAUCGAAGCCCGAGACCACUUCGGUCGUACGCCGCUGAGAAACGCUGUUCGCCACAAGCACAUAGAAUGCGCGAAGAUGUUGAUUCAGAAGGGCGCUGAUGUCAACACGCAAGCCACCGAUGGCAUCACCCCAUUGAUGUCCGCUGCUAUAAUAGGCUCGACAGAUAUCUGUCGCUUGGUUAUCGAUGCUGGUGCUGAGACCCACCUUCGAGAUCGGAGGGGGUGUACUGCUUGGAUUCUUGCAAAGCAACAUGCGCACGACCGCAAGUUGGAGAGCUUACUCAAACCGCAUCAGAAGAUAGACCAGGAGCCCUUGACAUCGUUGCGAAGGCAGCAUCCAACUGAGACUGCCAAGGCGAUCAACGCGAUGUAUACAUUAAUACUGCAAGGGUGA